GCCCUCAGCCCCAGCUGGGGAGGAUGUGAGGGCUCCGGAGCCUGUUGCCCUCCCUCUUCCUCCAGGCUGCCGAGCCCCUUCCUAUGUGCUCACCUGAUCCCGGGCGGGUUACCUGCACCGCCAGAUCGGGUUCCCGGACCCGGGGAUCACCUUACGGCCACGCCGGGAGCCGGCACCAUCCAUAAUUCAGCAGCGGCGGCAGCGGGAUGCGGCGGGCGGGCAGGCGCAGCAGGCAGGCCCCGGAGGGCAGCCCCAUGGAGAACGGUGUGGGGCGGGAGCCGGGGACCUCCGCGCCUCCUGCUGCCGAGGGCGCCCCGAAUGCCCGACCCUCGCGUCCCCGCCCCAGGCUGGUGUUUCACACGCAGCUGGCCCACGGCAGCCCAACGGGGCGCAUCGAGGGCUUCACCAACGUCAAGGAGCUCUACACCAAAAUCGCUGAGGUCUUUGGCAUCUCCCCCACCGAGAUCCUCUUUUGCACACUCAACACGCACAAGGUAGACAUGCAGAAGCUGCUGGGGGGGCAGAUUGGCCUGGAGGACUUCAUCUUUGCCCAUGUCCGGGGCGAGACAAAGGAAGUGGAGGUGACGAAGACUGAGGAUGCGCUGGGCCUCACCAUCACAGACAACGGAGCUGGCUAUGCUUUCAUCAAGAGAAUCAAGGAGGGGAGCAUCAUCAACCGUCUCCAGACAGUAUGCGUGGGCGACAGCAUUGAGGCCAUCAAUGACCACACCAUCGUGGGCUGCCGACACUACGAGGUGGCUCGGAUGCUGCGGGAGCUGCCGCGGGCACAGCCCUUCACCCUGCGCCUGGUGCAGCCCAAAAAGGCCUUUGACAUGAUUGGGCAGAGGACACGGAGCAGCAAGUCGCCAAGUGAGGGCAGAGUGUCCAGUGGGAAGGAAACGCUGCGACUACGGGCGCAGGGCCCAGCCACGCUGGAGGAUGGGCCUAGUCCCUUUGAGGAAGAAGCUGCUUGCCGGGUGGAUGACCUGCUGGAGAGCUACAUGGGCAUCCGUGACAGUGAGCUGGCCUCAACGAUGGUGGAGGCAGCAAAGGAGAGCCCUGGUGCAGCCCAACUUGCUCGUGACUUGGACUCGGUUCUGGGUGAAUUUGCCUUUCCCCAGGAGUUUGUGGCCGAGGUGUGGGCAGCUGUCUGCCAUUCUAAGGAGGUGCAGAAGUAGCUACACGCAUGGUGGUGCCCCUCACUCCUCCCCAGGUCUCCCCCUGACCUAGUCCCCAUUCUGCCCCCUGUACCCUCCUCAGCUGCACCCAGGUGUGCCCCCUGGGUUAAUGGGAAGCAAACAGGGCACCUAGAUCACCCCUAAAGGAUUCCUCUUGUGCACCCCCAAAACGUGGUGGGGAGCUGCUGUGGUUCAUUAAAGCAGAGACUGGAGGAGAAGGGCUGCUGCUCUG